GCUAUCGCAGCCACUCCGGCACCAGUUGCUGGCCAGCCUGCCCCGGCCGCCUCCCGCCCCUGGCCGCCCUGCGUGCCUGGGUCCUCUCGCUCCUGGUGGGUCUGACCAAACAAGGACCAUGUCUACCUUCGGCUACAGGAGAGGACUCAGCAAAUAUGAAUCCAUCGACGAGGACGAGCUCCUGGCUUCCCUGACGGCCGAGGAGCUGAAGGAGCUGGAGAGGGAGCUGGAAGACAUUGAACCUGACCGCAGCCUCCCGGUGGGGCUCCGGCAGAAGAGCCUGACGGAGAAGACGCCCACGGGGAACUUCAGCCGGGAGGCGCUCAUGGCCUAUUGGGAAAAGGAGUCCCAGAAGCUGCUGGAGAAGGAGCGGCUGGGGGAGUGUGGGAAGGUCGCAGAGGAAGACAAGGAGGACAGUGAGGAAGAGCUGGUUUUCACUGAGUGUAACAGUGAGGUGUCCGAGGAGGUGUACACCGAGGAGGAGGAGCCCGAGGAGGAGGCGGAGGAGGAGGCAGAGGAGGAGGCCGAGGAAGAGGCGGAGGAGGAAGAAGAGGAGGAGGAGGACGACAGCCAUGAGGAGGACAGCGCCGUGGAAGACGAGAAAGCCAUCAACGGCACUGUGAACCACGACGCCGUCCAUCCCGACGACGCCAGGCCCAAGACAUUCAAAACUCAGCUGGACACCAUCAACCUGACCAACGGCCACGGCGGGAGGCACCCGGAGCCCUCGCAGCCCCCUUCGGCCCCCCACGCCAGCGGCAACCCCACGGUGAUCGAGGAGGUGCUGGCCAAGGUAGAGAGCAACGACCCGGACACGCGCGAGGUGAACCUCAACAACAUCGAGAACCUCACGCCGCAGACGCUGGCGCGCCUGGCCGAGGCGCUGAAGGCCAACACGGCGGUGCGCAGCCUCAGCCUGGCCAACACGCACGCCGACGACGCCGCGGCCGCCGCCCUGGCCGACAUGCUCCGCGUCAACCAGCACCUCACCAGCGUCAACAUCGAGUCCAACUUCGUCACGGGCAAGGGCGUGCUGGCCCUGAUGCGCGCGCUGCAGCACAACGCCGUGCUCACCGAGCUGCGCUUCCACAACCAGCGCCACAUCAUGGGCAGCCAGGUGGAGAUGGAGAUCGUGCGGCUGCUCCGCGACAACACCACGCUGCUGCGCCUGGGCUACCACUUCGAGCUCCCGGGCCCGCGCAUGAGCAUGACCAGCCUCCUGACGCGCAACAUGGACCGGCAGCGGCAGAGGCGCCUGCAGGAGCAGAAGCUGCAGGAGCAGAAGCUGCUGCACGAGGGCGCGGACGGGGGCCCGGCCCAGCUCAGGACCGCCGCCGCCGCCUGGCACAGAGGCACGCCCGGCUCGUCGCCUUAUGCAUCGCCCAGGCAGUCUCCCUGGUCAUCCCCCAAGCUCCCCAAGAAAGUCCAGGCCGUGAGGAGCCGCCCCCCGUCUCCCCCGGCCCCGCCGCCUCCGCCUCCGCCCCCUCCGCCCCCUCCCCAGGCCCCGCACCGCCUGCCGCCCCCGCCCCCGCCCCCGCCGCCUCCGCUCCCCGAGAAGAAGCUCAUCACCAGGAACAUCGCCGAGGUCAUCAAGCAGCAGGAGAGCGCCCAGCUGGCUCUGCAAAACGGACAGAAAAAGAAGAAAGGGAAAAAGGUGAAGAAGCAGCCCAAGAACGUGCUCAAGGAGAUCAAGAACUCCCUGAGGCCGGUGCAGGAGAAGAGAGCAGAAGACAGCUACCGGCCUUCCACCCCACAGCGGUCCGCCCACGACAGCCUCAUGGAGGCCAUCCGGGGGAGCAGCCUGCGGCAGCUGAGGCGGGUGGAAGUUCCAGACGCUCUGCGAUAAAAACAACCUUGAGAAGAGGAUGCGGAAUCUUGCAUUGGCACGAAGCGAAACGCAUUGGGAGAUGUUUCUGAAAUACCUUCUUCAAUUGGGAAUGUCCUCUGACUUUCAAACGGAGCCUCAGCCAUGAAGUCCAAAGAGAAUCUUAAGAAACAGUCCACAGGUUUCUACUGUAAAUAUGAAAAUAAACUUCUUUUUUAAUGUCAUGAGAUUUGUAUGGGCAGGAAGCAGUUUGUUUAAAGACGCUUCGUAGCUUUGAGCUGUUGAGUUAACAAAAUGUGCCAUUAUUUUUGUAAUCCCAAUAAAUUUUGGAUUGAAGAUUUUUU